AUGGAAAGCCGAUUCUGGGGUCACUUGAAGAUUGCGGCCGACUGCAAGAGACUCUUCCCACCCAACUGUCAUGUCCAGAACUGGGCCAACUAUAUCAGGAAGAAAUAUGACCUGGGCGAUACUGAUUACGGUCAAUUCACAGACGUCUUCUAUCUCGAUUGGUGGCCGUUUGGUCCCCGCUGGUUAUUCGUUGCCGACCCUGAAGUCGCUUCCAAGUUCCUGACAACAGGUCAAUCGCUGCCAAAAUCGCAGCUCACGACCAAGUUUCUGACCAACCUCCUGGGAGAAAACAACAUGGUUGGCUUGGAGGGCCAGGCCUGGAAAUCGCUACGAUCCAUCUUCAACCCCGGCUUCUCCGCGAGUCACCUGUUCACAUUGGUUCCGUACGUGGUCGACUCCAGCCUCGUGUUCCUUGAUCUGCUCCUGGAAAAGGCGCAAACGAACGAGCUCGUCCAACUGGACCCCUUGUCGAUAGGAUUUGCCAUUGACAUCAUCGGCAAAGUGGUCAUGGACUCGGACUUUGACAGUCAGAAACGGCCGCACCCGAUCGUCACGACGUUCAGGAAACAGGUGGAGCUGAUGCCGAGUGCUGCCAGCAUUGGCCCGCUGGACGACAUCAACCUCGUCCGUCCGAUCCGUCUCUGGUGGAACGCCAGGAAACUCGACUCGCUGCUCGGGGCCGAGAUUGACAAGAAGAUUGAAGCGAGGAAGACCGGCACCAAUAUCUCCUCAGAUACAGAGAAGCCAAGAAAAGACCGGAAACGCUCCAUCGUGGACCUGGCCCUGGACGCCUACGAGAAGGAGGUCGCGGCCAGUGCGAAAGGAGGUGGUGGUGGUGGUGGCGGCGGCGGCGGGAUGAAUCGCUCGUUCCGCGCAAUGGCCAUCGACAGCAUCAAGACGUUCAUCUUCGCGGGCCACGACACCACCAGCUCGACCAUCUCCUACACCAUGUAUCUGCUCCACCUCCACAAGCACGUCCACACCAAAAUCGUCGCGGAGCUCGAUUCGGUCUUCGGACCCGACGUCACGGCGGCUGAAAUGGCCGAGCUCAUCAAGUCGGACCCGCACCGCAUCAACAAGCUGGAGUACCUGGCCGCGGUGGUGAAGGAGGUGCUCCGUCUGUUCCCGCCGGCGUCGACGAUCCGCGAACUGAAACGGCCCAGCGACGUGUCGGCGGCGCGGGACAAGGUGCUGAUCGACCCGUCAACGGGCACGGAAUGCCCCCUCGUCGGAUUCGACCUGUGGCCCGUGGCGCACAUGAUCCACCGGAACGAGGCGUACUUUCCGGACCCCCUGAGAUUCAUCCCGGAGCGCUUCAUCCCCUCGCAGACGCCGUUUCCCGAAUGUAAACUGCACACGCCGGCGGGCAAGGACGCGUGGCGACCCUUCGAGAAGGGCCCCCGCAGCUGCAUCGGCCAGGAACUCGCCAUGAUGGAGGCCAAGGUGGUCGUCGCCCUCGUGGUCCGCGAGGUCGACUUCACGGCCGAGUUUCGCGGCAGGAAGAUCGAGCAGGGCGACUGGGUGCCCGUGGAGACCAAGGACGAGUUCGCAGACGGUGUCAGCGGCGACGAGCGCCUCAGCGUCGAGGGCCACAAGCCGUUCCAGGUCCUGCUCGGGGCCGCGAGGCCCAGUAACGGCAUGAGUGGGAGGUUGUCCUUGCGGAAGAGGACGUGA